AUGGCGACGGAGGGCUUGCCGCCUGCAGCUCUCGUGACGGCGCUCAGCUCCGCUAAGGUGCGUUUGCAGCUCUCUGCGGCCCGGCUGGACGCCGGCGCGGCGGACGAGGACGAGAUCAGGGUCACGCAGCAGGAGAUGCCUCACCUGACUGGCGGCGUGGUCUGGGAGGCGGCGAGGCUGCUCGAGGCCGAGCUGCGAGGCAUGGACAUCGACUGGCCGCGGGCGCGCGUGCUCGAGCUCGGCUCUGGGACCGGCUGGCUGGCCCUGCAGCUCGCACGGCGCGGCGCCGCCGUCACCGCGACCGACCGGCGCGGCAUGCUCGAUCUGCUCCGUCGGAAUGUGCUGCGCAACCAGAAGCGGUUCCCGUGCACGGAGGAGGAGGCGCGGCGCGGGCGGUGGACCGCGCUCGACGUCGAGGUGGUCGAGCUCGACUGGGAGGAGGAGGGUGUGCUGGCCGGCGAGUCGGCUCACGGGUCGGCUAUGACUCGCCCCCUUGGACGCAUCGCCUGCUGCUUGUCGUGUGGCGAGUGGGACCUGAUCGUCGGUUGCGAGGUGCUCUACCUCCGCGAGUUUUACGAGGCGCUCGUGUCUGUCCUGGAGCGGCACUCACGCCCGUCCACGCGUGUGCUCAUCUGCUGGCAGGAGCGGACGCAAGAAGGCCGCCACCGGCAGCCAGAGUUCCUCGAGCUCGCUGCCGCCGCCGGCCUCUCGCACGAGCGCCACACCACCCUCCGCACCGGCGCCGGCGCCGCGGUGCACGGAGGGCGGCCACCGGCGGUGUCGCUGGGUUGCGGGGGAAGCCCCGCGGGUGGGUCGGCCGACGGCGGACACGAGCCGCUCCUCCUCUCGCAGACCGGCAGCUCCAGCCUGCACGCCAUCGCACAACGGACGUGA